CAAAUCUACUUCUUCACUCUGCCUUGAAGGAAAAGAAAAGGGUAGCUCAAAAAGCUUUCACUCUCCCAACACUCCAUUAAAAAGGGGAGAGAAAACACACACACACACACAGAAAACGCACACAGUGAUCCCAAAACGACGUCGUUAUUCAAUCCGACAACACUACUCCGUUAACAGAAUGUUCAGAAACCAGUACGACACCGACGUGACAACAUGGUCACCUGCGGGAAGACUAUUUCAGGUAGAAUAUGCAAUGGAAGCAGUAAAGCAAGGUUCAGCAGCAAUAGGUUUGAGAUCUAAAACACAUGUGAUUUUGGCAUCUGUUAACAAGGCGAAUUCGGAGUUAUCUUCUCAUCAGAAGAAGAUCUUCAAAGUUGAUGACCAUAUUGGAGUUGCAAUUGCUGGAUUAACUGCUGAUGGACGUGUGCUUUCACGGUAUAUGCGUACUGAGUGUAUUAAUUAUGGUUAUUCUUAUGAGUCUCCGUUGCCUGUUGGAAGACUUGUUGUUCAGCUUGCUGAUAAAGCUCAGGUUUGCACUCAACGAUCCUGGAAACGGCCUUAUGGUGUUGGCUUGCUUGUUGGUGGACUGGAUGAGUCUGGUGCUCACCUUUAUUACAAUUGUCCUAGUGGUAACUACUUCGAGUAUCAAGCUUUUGCCAUUGGAUCUCGGUCACAAGCUGCAAAAACCUAUUUGGAACGUAGGUUUAAGACUUUCACGGAUUCUUCACGUGAAAGCCUGCUUAAGGACGCACUAUUUGCACUGAGAGAAACUUUGCAGGGAGAAAAACUAACAAGCUCCAAUUGCACGGUUGCUGUGGUAGGAGUAGGAGAGGCUUUCCAUACACUGGACAAGGAAACCAUACAGGCAUUGAUCAAUGAAUUUGAGAUAGCUGGUGAAGAUGCUCCUGCCGAAGUCCCAGUGGAAGCUGCUGGUGAUGAACCCGCAGCACCUGAAGAUGGUGCUGCCCCUGCUGAUGAAGGAGCUGCCCCAAUGGAUAUUUGAUAAUGUUCUUCCUUUAGGCUUCCCCCACUUUCAUAUUCAGAGAUUUCUUCUUAGAAUGUUGAGAUUUUGUGGCACGAUGGGUAAUAUUUUCUGCUUGGAUGUUUUAUUAUGCAAUCAUGCUCUACUUUGGUCCAAACAUUUCAAAGCUUAUGCUUCUGAAUUUGAUCUAUAAACAGCUUAUAUGACUUUGUUGA